AUUAUGGGGACAUGUGAGGUUUAUCGUUCUUUCCCUUCGGAAUCUAAGGACAAAGACCAAAAAGUCAACAAUUUUCCUCUUAGAGAAUCGAGCGUUCUGCAUGUAGUUAUUUCAGAAUCAGAACUAACAGAAUUACCAUUACCAACUUAUAUUUGCGAGUUAUGCGGAAUCAAAGUGAAAACAAAAGCUAACUUACGGGCUCAUCAGAUUAAAACUCAUAAGAUCAUGAAGAAUGCAAAAGAUGUAGCGUUUUAUUCCAAGCAAAGGUAUAAUGUUAGUUAUAUCUAUCAUUGCCCUGUGGCUACAUGUAAACACAAUAUUGGUUUAGGCGGUGGAUUCAGCACUUACUGGAGAUUAAAACAGCAUUACCAGCAUGUUCAUAUGCACAAAAGUUACCAGUGUGACAAAUGUAAACAUUUCUUCCCUACUCCCUCAUAUCAUGCUUAUCAUCAAAAACUAUGUGGAGCAACAUAUUCUUGUUCAGUUUGUUUCAGGUCUUAUUCAAGUAAAAAGCACUUACUUCAGCAUUACCGAAGAAGUGGGCACAGUAACACUUUAUCUCUUAAUUCUAUUCCUAAAGUCGAAAAUACUCCAAACAGAUCGCCUUCGAAGAAUACGUCAAUUUCAAGCUCGUAUGUUACGCGUAAUCCUAUCCCUCCUAGUGAAUCAUGUGGACCAUUAGUUCUUCCACUUCUCAUUUUACCAGUUACUGUACCUAACGUAAGUGAUGUGAACGUAGAAAAUAUAAGCAGCAAUGUUUUGGGGUGUUUGAAUAUGAACUUUUUAUGUACAAAUGCUCUUUCAGCUCUUCGUACACUUUCAACACAAAUCUUUCCUAAUCCAAAUGUCCAGGUUAAUCUCUCUGAAUCUGCAAUAAAUUCGAGCGAUACGUCAGUGGUUUUAAAACCCGAUUUAGGAAAUUUCUGCAGUCUUUACACAGUCCCUAUAAGCAAUUCUUUGGAGGCUUCAACACAAACUGAACAGUUAUACACACCGAUCAAUGUAUCACAACCAUGCUCUCAUACACUCCAGACUCAUGAACUUGUGUCUGUGAACACAUCCACCGAUGAGGAUGACAUCAGUUCAUUCAUUGGUGGUCUCUUCUGUAAUGCUGCAGUAGAAGCCAAUCUUCCUCACUCAAGUACAGUAUAUGAUAACUACGAAGUUAGACAAGAACGAAAGUUGUCUUACGAGACCAAACAGAUCACAAAUGGUCCCCUCAACGAACACCACCCUUGUUCAUCACUAAAGCCAGCCAAAAACUCUGUUCAGUCGAGCGACUACACCUCUCUUACUGGGUGCUCAAAUAGUGGGGUGGAUCAAGAAAUUCAAGCAAGGUUACUACCAUUACGUGAAAACGCUGCUAUGCAAACCGAUGUUAUGGAAAAUUUAAAUGCUGAAAUUGCUACUCACUAUCAUCACUCCGAUCGUAGUACUUACUUUACUCCAAGCAGAAUGCUUGAAACACCACCUCCUCCUAUGUUACAAAGUACUGUUUCACUUGGAACUCAUUUGAGUACUGCAUGCCAAACUUUACAUCGUUUGUUGAAUGAAGCAAAAAUUUCAGACAGCCAAUCUCCUCUUAUGGAGAUAUUAAACAUGGAUGCAACAACAGAUUCUGGUACUCGGGCUUGUGUUAAUGUAAUAAAUUAUUCUGGUUAUGAUUUACCUGGUUCGACGGAUCCAAUGUUGCAAUGCUCAUCUACAUCAUCUAUCAAAACUUCUGUACAAACUAAUACUGUACCAACUUCCUGUGAUAAUUCACAGUAUUGCAAUUUGAACACUGUGGAAACAACAACACAGCAUGAUUGGUCAGCCAAUGUAGAUUUCACUCACAAUCAAACUCAAACAAUUGAUGAAGAUAUAGAAUUGUGGUUAAACAGUGUUGAAACACAAACAAAUCUAGCGUUAUUUGAUCCCAGCUUCUUCUCAGAUAUAUGUGUUGGAGUGGACGAUGGUUUUUUCCAGUCUUAGUUCAUCCUACAAAAAAUAGUUUGUUUUAUUCAACACUUGUUAUCACCGCUUAUGUGUACCAUUCAUAUCAUGUGGACUAGCUUGAUUUCAGUGAUUUCACAACAUCACUUCCUACCAUAUCAUUGCAUACAAAGGAUAUAUAUAUAUAUAUAUUCAGUGCAUUCGCCAUAACUAUUUCUUUAUUUCGUAUAUUUC